AUGGCUCUGAGGAACAAGUUCAUUAAGGAUGAAGGAUUUAUAACAUACAUUCCGAAGUACAAAUUAACUCGUCAAUUUGUUAUAAGAAAUAUUCCUCUCGACUUAUCCUUGGCUGAGCUAAAGACUGUAAUCGAGGAAGAGAAUCAAGAUAUUCUAAUCUCGGACCUCUUCAGGCUGAAAAGAAGAGAUCGCACCACUGGUAUUUGGUCGGACUCGGAAGCGGUCUGUGUCCAGAAAUUGGGUGAAGAAUUGCCGGACCAUAUAAAGAUCUAUAGAACAAUUGUUCAUACAUCACCGUUUCAAAGGUGUUUGCAAUGUGGCAGCAAGGACCAUGUUAGCUCUAAGGAGAGGCCUUGUUCCGAAACAAAGAAAUGUAUCAAUUGCGAGGAAGAACACGCUACCAGUGAUAGAAAAUGCCUUAAAUUUAUGAAGAACCUCGAGAUUGCAAAAGUUAUGGCUGCUGACAACCUUCCCUUUAUGGAGGCAAGGGCCUUAGUUCAGAAAAGGGAAAAUAAAAAUUGCCCGUUCUAUGAGGAUCGGCGGCCGCCAGUGUUUUCUUCAAGAAACUUCCCUCUUCUUCCUUCGAGGGGCGGCGUGUCUGCGUCAAACUUUGCGACAAGUCUACAAUCCAGUUCGAGAGGAAGAACAUUCGCUGCUAGCCUUAUGAAGGUGGCUCCGGAGAUCUCCUCCAAACUCUUGAAAAUAAUGGAAAAGGCGUCUACCAUAAAGCAACUGGACCAACUGCGUUUUCAAGAACUGGAAAGGCAGAGUACAUUAUUCGAUUGCGCAGCAAUUUCGGAAACAUGGCUUAAACCACAAUUCAAUUUCAUGUUGAGAGGGUUCGAUACGGUGAGACGGGAUAGGGUUAUAGGUAGAGGUGGAGGGGUGGCUAUUUUGGUUAGUCAUGCCCUUAAAUACAGAGAGAUUUCUGUACUGGAGGACUGUGCAGGUGAUUUCAACUCUCACAGCCCGGUGUGGGGGUCUUCGUUCCUUUGUCAAUCGGGUAGGCUACUGUCGUCGGCAAUCGAGGAUACUGAACUCGUUCUAGUAAGUGACGGUGCUCCGUCCUUCAUGGGCAACGCUUCGUGCGGCCCUUCAACCAUCGAUUUGGCGUUCUGUCAUGCUUCUAUCGCUCCUAGACUGAGAUGUCAGACUUUGAAUGAUGCCUGGAGAUCGGAUCAUUAUCCGGUUUUGAUUACGUCGUCAAUGAACAGGGGCCCCUCCUCUUUUCCAC